AUGCCAGCAUCUGCCAAAGCACGUCGCACGCAGACCCCGAAGAAACAAACCAAACUCAGCGCAGCCAGCUUCACAGCGAAUGCCAAACCAGUCAAACCAGUCAAAACGAACACGAGCAUACUCAGCUUCUUCAAGAAAACAGAAAAGCCCGAGGAUUCCCUGUUCAUUGGGGAAGCCGGGACGGCAAACGGCGCAAAUGGAGAACCCGAAGACGAUCUUUAUGGAGUAGAUGAAGAGAGCCGCUUUAAUGAGGUCUCGUCACCAGUGAAGAGGAGGAGGAUCCGUGUGGACAAUUGCGAAGACACAAAGAAAGCAAAUUGUAAAGAUGAAGAAUCGGAUGCAACGGUGGCAAGCAACGUUGCUGUGAGCAAACGCAAAGUGCGACCUAAAGGCCCCUUCAUCAUGGAUUCUGAUUCCGAAGGUGACGAGGACGAGGACGAAGUCAAAGACGAAGAGGACGCAAGCACCAUAAAUCCCACCGGAGACGGUGCCCAAAGCCAAAUUGGGCACGCGACGGCUGAAGCUGGCCCAACGUCUUCGUCAUCGACCCCCGUCAAAAAGGAACUUCCCGAUUCCGAGUCUUCGACCAAGACGGCACCGAACGAUCCUCCACCACUCAAACAUGAAGAGUCCUCUUGCGUGCCAAACGCAGACGACAAUGACUUUGGGGAGACCCAUGAAUUCGAUGAUGCUGAUCUUCACGGUUUUGCUGGUGAAGAGCUACGUGAAAUGCGCUUCAUGCGAGAGCAGGCUCUCCUGGAAGCUGCUGAACUUGAAGCGGCUGGCGCUUUUGAUGGCGAGGAGGUCAUGGAAGAUUUUAUUGACGAUGGGACUGCAGACCAAUGCUGCCCAAUGUGCCACGGGAGCAUUGUCGGUCUCUCGUCCGAUGAAGCGUCCCGUCACGUCAAUCUGUGCAUUGAUGGCAACGCGCCGCCUUUGAUCAAAGAUGAGCCAUUGAGUGCCGCUGUUGUAGCAACCUCCGCGAUGCGCGUCAAGCCAGACCCGUCCGAUGCCAUUCCGCCAGCUCCUCGUGUUGACUCGGUGGACAUCAGCAAGAGGUUCUCAAAAUCAGCCGUGCCCAGGCCUGCGCAGACAAACCCUCUGGAGGGCAGUUCGUCAUCAAACGGCGCCCCUAGGUCAGCUUUCUCCAAGCUCAUGUCCAACAACGCCGAGGACACAGCAUGGGCAGCGGCGGCAGCAACGGAGAAAGCAAGUCGAGGCCGCCCCGCGUACGAGCGCACUUGUCCCUUUUAUAAGAUCAUGCCAGGCUUCUCGAUCUGUGUCGAUGCGUUCCGCUACGGUGCCAUCGAGGGGUGCCAGGCCUAUUUCCUGAGCCAUUUCCACAGCGAUCAUUACAUUGGCCUCACGGCAAGGUGGACCCAUGGCCCAAUAUACUGUAGCAAGGUCACAGGAAGCCUGGUCCGUAAGCAGCUUGGCACUGCUGGCAAGUGGGUGGUCGCGAUUGACUUUGACCGGUCCUACGAGAUACCGGGAACCGAUGGAGCGACCGUAACCAUGAUUCCAGCAAACCACUGCCCAGGCAGCUCUCUUUUCUUGUUUGAGAAGAAGAUGGCUAUUGGCAGUAAUAGUCGUAUGAAGCGCAUACUGCAUUGCGGGGAUUUCCGAGCAUGUCCUGCGCACGUUGAGCAUCCCCUAUUACGACCGGAACUCACCGAUGCUGUCUCGGGCAAAGUGAGGCAGCAGAAGAUAGAUAUAUGCUAUCUCGACACGACAUAUCUCAAUCCACGAUACUCCUUCCCACCGCAAGACGAUGUCAUCCAGGCUUGCGCCGAUCUAUGCGCCAACAUGUCUGCUGAUCCCAAGUGCAAGGACGACGUGUGGGAGAGAUCCGCCAAAGCCCUGGGCACGCCUGCUGUGAGCAAAUAUUUCAACACCGUCAACGCCAAAACAGAGGAACAAGAAAAAAACCCACCAAAGCAGCGUCUGCUGGUUAUAUGCGGUACAUACUCGAUUGGAAAAGAACGAAUAUGUCUUGCUAUUGCCCAGGCACUCGAUUCCAAGAUAUUCGUGUCACCAGUCAAAAUGAAAAUCUGCAAGCACUUGGAUAUCCCUGAGCUCACAGAACGACUCACUUCGGACCCGAUCGAGGCGCAAGUCCACAUGCAGAUGCUCAUGGAGAUUCGUGCCGAGACCUUGCAAGAGUAUCUCAAUGGGUACAAACCACACUUCAGUCGGAUUGUCGGAUUCCGACCAAGCGGCUGGAAUUUCCGACCAACCAAUUCGAAGGCUAUUGGCGCAAACACGCCUCCUAGCACGAUACCUUCCGAACAGAUCCUUCAUAGUACAGGGUGGCGCACCAGGUUCGGAUACAAGGAUUUCGUCGCUCAAAGAGGUAGCACAAGUGAGGCCAUGUGCUUUGGCGUGCCAUACUCCGAGCAUAGUAGUUUCCGCGAACUCGCCUUGUUUGUCAUGAGCUUGGGGAUCGAGAAGGUCAUUCCCACAGUCAACGUUGGCAGCGAGCAGUCACGGACAAGGAUGAAGGCUUGGAUAGAUCGUUGGAUAUCGGAGCGUAGACGGUGUGGAUUGGUCAACCCAGUAGUCGAGGGAAGGGAUCCAGACAUAAUCCAGGGUGAAAUGUGGGAUGCCAAACCGGGCAAAGGUGGCCGAGUCUUGUGGUAG